ACCAUCAAGCGGACCAUUGAUAAGAAGACUGUGGAAGUCUACAUACUGUUCAAUGAUGAGCUGUCGCUGGUGAACAAAGACCUGAACAGGAAGGCCAUGCAUCUUGCCCCACAGAUGCCACGUUACGCUGGCCAGGCUCACUGGGCACGCUCUCUUCGGCGUCGCAUCGAUAGAUCAAUGGAGAUCCUGGCCCAAGCUACAUUCCUGCCCAAAAUUGGAUUGGGUGAAGAGACGAUGGUGGUCUACCAGACACUGCAGCAGAGCCUGGAUGAAUUUGUGCGCAAAGUCUUCACAGAGUGGACAGUCAAUGUAGACCGGGAAUGCAUGAAGCGCCUGGAGAGACCUCUGAUGGUCCGCAAUCUCGAUGACCGAGGCAAACUCAAUGUAAACUUCGACAUGUACCUGCUGGAGUUGUUUGAUGAAAUCCAUUACUGGGAACGUUUGAACUUUGAGAUCCCCCACUAUGUUAUAGAGACCUACCAGCGAAGGGAGGACCUCAGGAUGCUACGAGAGCGUGUUCUGCUGGUUGUUCGUGAUUACAACAG